CUGCUUCUUGACUCCAGCUCCUCCCCAUGCUACACACAAUUGAAUAACAUCACCUAUAUUCACUCUCAAUUUUACUCCCAAAAGAUCGUAACAAUGACGACCUUCAUACCGUCCCUCACGCUGCCAGCAGCACUGUUUGCCAACCCCGCUGCUUCCAUCAUCUUCCCAAUUGCUUUGGGGACAGCUGUGGGCUAUUCUGUUAGACCAAAGGAAACACAGAAGACCUACCUGGCACUUAAGCAACCACCGUAUCGUCCUCCCCCUUAUGUCUUCGGCCCAGCAUGGACCAUCCUCUACGGCCUGAUGGGCUUCUCCGCCCACCGCGCCUUCACAACCGGCAUGUCCGCCACCGCCUCCACAACCGCCCACAACCUCACAAAGCACGGCGCCACCCUCUACAGCAUCCAGCUCGGACUCAACCUAAUCUGGAUGCCCCUCUUCUUCGUUGCCAAACGGCCCAUCGAAUCCCUCGUCGACAUCGUCGCCCUGACAGGCACAGUUGGCUACCUAACAUACGUAUGGGGCCAGGUUGAUGCUGUAGCUGGUUGGGCUCUGGCGCCGUAUCUGGGAUGGUUGGGGUUCGCGACGUAUUUGACGGUUGGGGUGGGCUAUUUGAAUGAUUGGAAUUUGAGCGAUAAGGAGGUGCCGGCUAGUCCGGAGGGGAAGGGGACGAAGUAUGUGGAUGAGAAGAAGGAUCUAUAAGAACAUUUCAGGGACAGCGAUUAGGAACGAGUGGCACCUGAUUUUGAGGUUUUCU